AUGGAUUAUGGGGUACUUCAGAUGAUUCAAGAUUCUCAAUUUGGGGGUCAUCCUUCAGAAAAUCCUCAUACACAUAUUAAGAAGUUUGCUAUGAUCUGUGACAUGAAAAAGCAACUAGGAGUGUUUGAUGAUGUAGCAAGCCUGAAAUUGUUUCCAUUCUCUUUGAAGGAUAAAGCAUUGGAUUGGGUUGAUUCUCUACCUCACAAUUCAAUCACAAAUUGGGAGGAGCUUACUGAUGUAGGGAUCAUUGAUGCUCAAAUUGGAGGAGAGUUCAUCAUGAAGUAUGACAAUAAAACUUAUGAGCUUUUAGAGAAAAUUGCAAAAAACACUCAUCUUUGGAGUAGUCCAAGAGGGCUAGCUUCAACUCAAAAGAAGCAAGCAGCUGAGAUGUAUGAUCUUAAUUCAUUCAAUAUGAUCAAUGCCAAAUUUGAUGCACUCACAAAUAUGCUUGCAAAGAAGAUAGUAGAUCUAAGCAUACUAGUUAAUUCAUCCCCAUCUAGAAGUUCUUAA